ACAUGUGCGCUGGCUUACAGAGUGGAAAAGGAAUUACACAGUUUCUUAUGGGCCUGGCCGCUCUCAGGUUUCUCUCUGGUCUGCAUUCUUCCACGAGCCCACACGGACAGCAAAGACUGGCCGGUGCCUAAACAGUUAAAGGGGCACGGUGCCAUAAGUGCAAAGAAGAAGAAGCCCACACGGACAACGGUCUCGCUUGUAUGCUUAUCCCCACCACGUCGGUGUUCUCAUAGCACGGAAUAGAAUUAUGUCCACAAAAAGCUAUCGCAGAAAUUCUUAUGGCCGUGGCCGCUCUCAAGCUUCUCUAUAGCUGGAAAGCGCCCCUUAUGUCCAUGGAUGGUGCACAUUGGAAGAAAGAUGAACUGGAAUGGAUUUCUGCUACCAAAAUCGAAAUAACACCCGAACAAAUCCAAGCAACAUAUAAAACCGAUUCUUAUAUAGAAACAAAAAUCUUUUCUCAUUACAAUCUAGGAUUAAUUCGCUCCGAUAAAGUGUUGGAAGAUUUAACUAAGCAAAACUAUCAGAAUAUUGUUGAAGCCGAGUCACAACAUUCCGAUCUUGUUCCAGCGAAAUAUGAGGGUGGAUUAAAAAUUUGGGAGUGCACAUUUGAUUUGAGCCGAUACAUAUUGCAAGAGAAAAUCGACUUGAAAGAUAAACUGGUCAUGGAUUUGGGAUGUGGUGCUGGAGUGAUUGGCAUUGUCGCUCUUCUCAACGAUUCUGCAGUUCAUUUCCAAGAUUACAACGCCGAAGUACUAAGAUCUGUGACCAUCCCAAACGUAAUAUUAAAUUUUGAUAAUCAUACAAAUGUAUUUACAAAAUGCGAAUUUUAUGCUGGAGACUGGACUUCUCUCGUAACAUUAUUUGAUAAUGACGAGAGUAGAAAAUACGAUUAUAUCUUUACAAGCGAGACAAUUUACAAUCCAAAUAAUCAUAAAAAACUGUACAAUGUUUUUAAACAAAGAUUAAAAAUUAAUGGCGCUAUAUUUGUCGCCGGAAAAACCUAUUAUUUUGGUGUGGGUGGUGGGAUGAGACAAUUUGAGGAUCUCGUGUUGAAAGAUGGGUUCUUUGACGUUAAAUCUGUCUGGAAAAGUGAAGAUGGAGUAAACAGAGAAAUUAUAAAACUCACAAGAAAGGUUUAUUAAAGAGAUAAUGUAAAUCGAAUAAACAUUAUUGUCUUUGAAGGAGUACGAGAUAUCAACUUGGAAUGAUGCAGCAAUAUUCUAGAAUAAAAUAUUUUUUUUUCAAUAUAACAAUUAUUAAUCACACACAGACACAAUCGCUUUUUGUCAAUAAAGAUUGCAAAUUGUUUUAUGG